CUCGUUUCACUGGUAGAAAGUCAGGUAUUAUUUGGCGCAAUAGUGGAUGGGCUGCAACGUUUUCAGCAACGUGGAUGCUUGGGCAUCUAAACCGUGAUGUAAAGUGGACAAUUUACGGAAGACAUCCACAAAAUGAAGACACUAGUGUGCCAUGGGGUUAUCGGCAUUAUCGUUAUUACCAUGGGUACCAUUCUUAUGGUUGUGUACAACAACAGCUUCACCGACACGUCAGAGUUUCACUCAGAGAAGCCCGGGAAAGCGCAGCCUAAACCACCAAGAGCCCUAUCAUCAACUCUAGAGGGCUACACUGGACUCAUCAAUCAACAGCCUCUGAGGAAGCACUGUAACUGCUGUGCCCUGGUGUCCAGCUCGGGCCACCUUACUGGCAGCAACCGAGGAGACGAAAUUGACCGCACCGAAUGCGUCAUCCGCAUGAACAAUGCCCCGAACGGAAACAAUUUCAAACAGGAUGUGGGCCGGCGCACUAGCCUGCGCGUCAUCGCCCACUCCAGCCUGCAGAGGGUGCUGCAGAGACGGCAGGAGCUGCUCAACACCAACCAGGACUCUGUCUUCCUCUUCUGGGGACCCACCAGCUCCAUGCGGCGCGACGGCAAGGGCAGGGUCUUCAACAACCUGCGUCUGAUCAACCAGCUGCUUCCCAAGCUCAAGAUCUACGUCAUCUCCCCCCUCAAGAUGCUGGAGUUUGACGAGCUCUUCAAAAAUGAAACGGGAAAAGACAGGAAGUUACAGAAGCACUACACUGCCUCACAAGAUGAUGUCGCUGAGUCAGAGUUGGAAGCAGAAACCGAUUACAGGUCCUACCAGACUCUCACUGGCUUGCACUCUCCCUGGCACUCUAUCUGGCAGACGUUGCCAACAGCACACAGGAUGAGCCCAGACACGAUUGGCUCCGCUGUCAUCUGGGAUAUCCUACAGCGAGGGGCUGGUAUGGCCGGCAGGAAGACCUCUAAAUCGUGGCUGACCACUGGCUGGUUCACCAUGGCCAUUGCCCUGGAACUGUGUGACAGGGUCAAUGUCUAUGGCAUGGUGGCUCCGGACUUCUGCAGUACUCCCUCUCAUCUCUCGGUGCCGUAUCAUUACUAUGAGCCCUCCGGCCCAGACGAGUGCUCCCUGUAUCUCUCCCACGAGCACAACCAGAGCGGCGGCCACCACAGCUUCAUCACGGAGAAAACGGUGUUCGCCAACUGGGCCCAGAAGUAUGACAUCCACUUCUACCAGCCAGACUGGAGCCCGUCCUCCACUCUCAAUGGAAGCAGCUCACACACACCUGCUACAGCUGUCUCCUGAUACCAGAUAAACAGUCAGACAGACAGACAGAACGGUCCACAGGACCAGUGGCGACCCGUCAUUCAGGGCAGGUGGGGAAGAGCACCACCUGUUUUGAGCCCCACCUGUUUAGCAAAAAAAGGAUUAUACAUUUUUUCCUCCCCCUGUUUGCAUGUUGUUUUGGCAUUAAUACGUGUCACAUGUCAGUUUCUAAACAAUGUAAAAAAAUAAAAUAUAAUUGAGUUAAUAA